AUGAAAUCAUAUACGGAGUUAGGAGAUAAAUUAAAGAGGUCAAUUUAGUCCAAUUCGGAAAGAAAUGGGGCGCGCCCAGGAAUUCGCGAAGGAGGUGCCAAUAUUUCGGUUGGUAAGCGUGCCCUUGGCGUCUCCAUCCUGACCGCCCUGUUUUCCACCCUUCACUGCUCACGCACAGACGCACUCCACCGACCACCGUCUCCACGCAGGUGACGCAGCGGCAGCUUUCUACGAUUCGCCGGUUCCGCCUUCGACUUCGGCGAUCACCGGUCGGCCUUCUAAUUCCAGGACUUCCAGAGACCAGAGUUCCGGCCUUCGACUUCACCCAAUCAGCCGUCGACAUCGGCCACCAGCACACAACUCCAGCUUCAACUCUCCAAGCCAGAAAGCCUUCAAGAGUUCUGGUCAGGCCAGUAAGGUGAUGCAAGGAUGUCUUCAGCGGAUAUGAUACAACAGGAUCGGAAAGCAGCUGAGAUUGACAAAGUAGAAAUCCAUUCAUCUUUCAGUCCAGAUAACGAUGAGGAUGACCUGUGGUACGUCGAUGACGGACCAUCAUGUGGUGAUCCUUUUGAAGAAGCAGACGAUGCAUCUGAUUUGGAAAGGGAGUGGAAGAGGAGGCAUGAUCAGUUCCAUAAUAUGGGAUAUCGUGAUGGCCUUAUAGCUGGAAAAGAAUCUUCAGCACAGAAAGGGUUUAAUGCUGGUUUUAUAGAAUCAGUACACAUCGGAUAUAACUGGGGUGUGCUCAGAGGUGUAAUUGGGUUAGUAAGAGAAACCAGCUUCAUUUUCGUGCAUUGAACAUUUGUAUUGAUAUAGCUCUCUCUCUCUCUCUGAUUGAUGAAGGAGUCUGGCGUGCCUUCCCCCUGAACUGCAAGAAAGGUUGAUAACAGAGGAAAGUAGAAUGAAGUUCCACAAAUUUCAAGAAUCUCUACAGGCUGUUUCUGCUGUGGAGGAUGCAUUGAAGAUGUUCAAUGAAUCCCACCUGUCAAAGAGAUCGGCAGGAGAGCAAAAAGGUGAGACCGUUGAAUCUUCUGAUGAUUGUUUCCAUAAUUACCAAUGUGAGUUUGAAUCGCUUAUCCGUGAGCUGCCUGCAAUUAAAUUGCUUUCAAAAGCAAACUACUAGUGUAUACCUACCUUUAUCAUACUUGAUUGUGCUGUGUUGUGUUUUGUCCAUCACCAAAAUAUUUCUGCCGCAAGAUUGUUUGCAGUUUCAACUAUUACUUAUUGUCUCCACUAUCAAGUGUCAGUGAAUGUUUGAAAACAUAGGCUUUUUCCGCUUCUACUUUUAUUUUUAACUUAUUACUUAUCACUAAUAUAAUCAUAUUGGACCA